AAUUUAAUUUAAUUUUCUUACCUCAUUUAUGUUUGUUUCUUGUUAAUUGUGUGUUAGCAUUUUACUUUUUGUUAGUCAAUUAAAUCAACCUGUGAAUAAUCAAUCAUGGAUUCCUAUCAAGAUUUGUAUCACUUUUGUCAAUCGUUGAAAGCGAUCAAUGAGACAAUCGCUAUUCUUGAAGCUCAUAUUAAAUUAAAUGAAACUCUUAAGGCUGAAUCGUUACCUCACGAAGUGGAGCCAAUGGAUAAUCAUCAUCAUAUUUUAAUCAAUCUUCGUGAUCAGAUGAUAAAUAAACGACAAGAUAUUGAAUUUAAAUUGAAAACACCUGUAAUAUCGUCGCCAACAACAUCAGUACCAUUAACCACAACUUCAACAACCACAACAACAACAACGACGACGAUAAACUCAACAGAUUCCUGUAGUUACGCGGUUAUUGACACCACGAAAGGAAGUACAUCCAACCAUGGGGAUGAACAUUUACCCCAUGAAAAUGAGAGUAAAUGGUUAGUGGAAGAUUGUGAUCGAGCUGAAGCUGAGAAAUUGUUAUACAAAAAGCCAAGUGGAACCUUUCUCAUCAGAAAAAGUCGAAAUGGACAAUUUGCUUUAUCGAUUAUGGUUGAUAGUAAAAUCUGUCAUUGUUUAAUUAACAAAACGCCUCAAGGAUUCGGUUUCGCUGCUCCUUAUUACACUCAUCCCACCCUCAAGAGUCUCGUCCUUCAUUAUCGUCAAACCUCAUUGCAAGAACACAAUGAGAUGCUUCAUACAACAUUAGCAUUUCCCGUUUUCUCUGAUUCUUCCGAUAACAUUAUAUUAGAAUAACAAUUUACACAUUCAAAGAGAAACAUUUAUUAUCUUUACACAGGAAAAACAAUUUAUUUAAAUCAAUGGAAAUGAAAGGCAACAAGUUUUAAUUUCUUGUUCUUUUCACAUUUUCAAUCAACAGAAAAAAGCAAAAAGAAAAAAAAACAGAAAAAGCAAAUUAAGAAAAGAAUCAACGUUUUUGUAUAUCAAUCAUUGAAUAAACUUGAUGAAAAGAAUUAAUAA